GACACCGAGUUUCCAUGGAGGCAGGUUCGUCCCUCAGCCUCAAACGAAGAUAUGAAGAGGUGGACAACAGCUCUCCAUUCUCUACACCUAAGGACUCUGACGAUGACAUCUCCAGCAGUGACAGCGCGGACAGCUGUGACAGCCUCAACCCCCCCUCCAGCACUGCAUUUACCCCCACCUCCAUCCUCAGACAGCACAAGCCGUCACCGGGGGGGAAGCGGGUACGUUUUGAUGUGGUGACGGUGUAUUACUUCCCCCGGCGGCAGGGCUUCACCAGCGUGCCCAGCCAAGGGGGCAGCUCCCUGGGCAUGGCCCGCCACCACUCCUCCAUCAGACACUACACGCUGGGCGAGUUUGCACGUGAACAGGAAACCAGCCACCGGCACACUUUACGCCAGCACCUGCGCCAAGAGAAACUCAACGCCCGCAAGAUGAAGCUGACAAGGAACGGCACAGUGGAGUGCGCUCAGGCCGACCUGCUGACUCUGGAGGACGUCUCAGAUGAGGACCUCGAUGUGGACGGGGUGGAGGUGGACGACUGUUUCUUCCUUCAGCCGCUGCCUACAAAGCGGCGUCGAGCCCUCCUGCGAGCCUCUGGCAUCGCCCGCAUAGAUGCGCGGGAGAAAGCUGAGCUCAGGGCUAUCCGCCUCUCACGGGAGGAGUGUGGCUGUGACUGCCGUUUGUACUGUGACCCCCGACACUGCGGAUGCAGCCAGGCUGGCAUUAAGUGCCAGGUGGAUCGAAUGUCUUUCCCUUGUGGCUGCUCCAGAGACGGCUGCGGCAACGUAGCAGGUCGUAUCGAGUUCAACCCUCUACGUGUGAGAACUCACUACCUGCACACCAUCAUGAAGCUGGACCUGGAGAAGAGGAGGAUGCUCAUCCAGGGGGCCGGGGACCAGUAUGCUGAAUCUGACCCGGUGUCCUCCCCCACUUCUACUUGCCCUACUUCUCCGGACCUGUCCUCUGUCACUGGCCUGGACUCUGAGCUAGAGGAGAGCGAGGUGCAGGCAGUCGUGGAGGUUCAGGAUCUUCUGGCAGAGCAGGACAUACUGGAGCGAGAGAACGAGACAGCUGUGUUGCAUCUGCAGAGCGCAGAGGAGCAGGAGAGGAGGGAGAGGGAAGAAGCUGAAGGGGAGGCGGUGCAGCAGGAGCUGGGCACUGGAGGUCUCACAGAGCAGCCUCUCUGUCUUCUCCCGGGCGCUUUGGGAGGGGAGCUGCCCGAGCAGGCAGAGGUGCCAGGUGUGGAGCAGGUCCUGCUGCAGGGGCCAUUCCCCACCGGGGCCACGGUGUUGUGCAUCACUGACAACCAGGAGGAGAGCCCCUCUGACCUCCUUAGAGACUCCACUUCUCUGCUCUACUAUCAGCUUAGUCCCAUAGAGCCUGAAGCCUUUGAGACCCUGCCCAGAGCGGAGGAGGCUGAGCAGGAGGAGCGCUCGGUGAGAGAACAAGAUGCAGGAGGAGAGGAAUGUGUGGCAGUAGUGGAGGAGAAGCCCUCGAGCUGUCAGCAGAGCCUCCCUGAAGAGCGGUGCCAAGGGGAGUCCUGCUCGGAGGAAGAAGCGAAUCCACUGCCUCCUGAAGUUUAA